AGGCUCACAAAAUCAUCACACAGCUUUCAUGUACCACAUGAAAGGGAAAUUGUACGACAUUCCUUCUUUGGAACACUUUCUGGGAGGAAAGUGUCUGCAAUGCUGUCAGGACCCAGAUGGAAGCAAUUUUAAAAAGCAUUUAACAACAGAUAAUGCCUUUUCAAAAUUCACCUGCAAUCCAUCAACAACUGACAAGAAUGGCAUACCGGAAAAGCAAGUUUGCAACCAUUACUACAUUAUACCAUUGUACAGAGAAAAUACCAUGGUUGCUAUGAACUGUAAUUAGCUUCCAAAGGAACUGGAGUGCUAUUUGGCUGAGUGGUGGCUUAUCCAAAGUGCAGAAGGGUAGAGUGAUAAGAAAAGAGCCAAAGCAGAAUUCUUUUGCAAAGAUGAGCUAUUAACUUAAGUGGCUGGAUUUUUCCAUGUUCAUUAAAAAGAUGUUACACAAAGCAUUCUGCUUAUUAGAUAUUCUUUUUUAUGGCACUGGAUUACCUCUGCCUAUAAAGAGGCAUGAAAAUGCAAGCACAAAAGCGCUGAAAGAAUUUCUUAGAAUCAAAAAUAAAGUGUCACUUUUAAAUUAUAUGGAAUUGACAUUUGUAAUUUAUUAAGGUAUUACAGUUCCCUGGAAGAUAAUUAAAUACCUCAUGAAACAACAAUCCCAAGAUUCUACAGGACAAAGAUAUGACAGUGGUAGUUACAGUAGUACUGAAAUGCUAAAGAGUCCUUUAUCUGUGACAAGACAGUCAACUUAGUCAAACACUAUGCUAGAAGACAUGUGAACAUGAACUUUCUUAAGAAUUUCUUUAACAGUUCUCCUCAUUCACACUACUUUACUUAGCUGGAGAAAAACAAGUUCAGAAUGACACAGUUCCCUUUCCCAGCUGGAUGGAAAAACCAUUCAUUGGAACUGGAUCACGAUCCUUUUCUGCUAAAACUGAGCUUCUACAAAUUGCCUCUGGUAACGGAAGCAAAAGCUUUGAAACAAAAAGAUGCAAGUUCUUGCACAGAAUUCUAAACUUUCUGCUUAAAUCCUGAAGCAUUUCUUCUGUCCAGAUAAAAUGCAGCAUCCUUUAACUGUAGUUGCAAAUAAUAUCAUUCCUAUAGAUAAUGAGUCCUUUUGUGAGCUAAAAUAUUUCCUAACCAAUGCCCUGGCACAUUGUUUUUCACCAAACCCUGGAGGCCUAAUUCUUUCAACACAACUUUCUGCCCAACCCACAACCUCCUUAUGCUGAAAGAAUGUUAAGUUGCUGUGAAAAAUUGGCUCAAGCGCUCCAAGCUUUGCACAGACAAGUCAAUUAACUGCUGCAAUUAAGACGAGAAAAUACACACACAUCUCUGUAUAGAUGUGGCCUGAAUACGGCAAAAGCUAUUUUCCACAUUUUUAUUUUUCAAUUAAUUUUCAUGCACAGGAUAGGAAAGAAUUAGAAGAAAAUAACUGUUCACACAAAACAGAACAAUUAAAUAUGUACUUGAAUUAGAAAUGCCUACUUUAAACCCCAUUAAUUUCAAUAGAUGAAUGACUAAACAUGAUUCGGGUGUAUCCAUACUGGAGAAUUAAUGCAGUUUGACACCACUUUAACUGCCAUGCCUCAACACUAGGGAGCAUGGGAUUUGCAGUUUGGUGAGGCAUCAGCACUCCUUGACAGUAAAGGCUAAAAACUUUGGAAACCUACAAAUCCCAGGAUUCCAUAAUAUAAAGCCAUAGCAAUUAAAAUACAGUAGAGUCUCACUUAUCCAACAUAAACGGGCCGGCAGAAUGUUGGAUAAGCGAAUACGUUGGAUAAUAAGGAGAGAUUAAGGGGAAGCCUAUUAAACAUCAAAUUAGGUUAAGAUUUUAUAAAUUAAGCACCAAAACAUCAUGUUAUACAACAAAUUUGACAGAAAAAGUAGUCCAAUAUGCAGUAAUGCUAUGUAGUAAUUACUGUAUUUACGAAUUUAGCACCAAAAUAUCAUGAUGCAUUGAAAACAUUGACUACAAAAAUGUGUUGGAUAAUACAGAACGUUGGAUAAGCAAAUGUUGGAUAAGUGAGACUCUCCUGUAGUGUCAAACUGCUUUAAUUAUGCAGUGUAGAUGCAUGCUGCGUCUGGAUCCAACCUCCUGAAAAUAAAGUACAGUAUAUUUUUGAGCUAUAGUUUAAAAUGCCCCUAAAAAGAUAUUGGUAUUAAUUCAUAAUAGUACCAGUAAGUGCUAUUAUUUGUUGCUAGAACCGUGAGAUCAUGGCAUAAAGAAGAUGGAAUUUAAGAAUCUCUAGAACAAAAGUAAAUCCAUCUCAGCGGAAUGAAACUUAGAACAUAGAAUGAUGUUCAGUAUAGCAGUUCAUGCAGAUCAUGUAAGAUAGACAUUCAAAAGUGCUAGCUUUCUACUGAGAUAGGACAAGUCAUUUCUGCUUUACUAGACACUUAGGUUACUUCCUUUAUAGAAGAUCAAAAAUGCAAACCAGUGUUUGCAUUUUUUCAAACUGCUAGGUUGACAGAAGCUGGGUCUAACAGCGGGAGCUCACCCCACUCCCAGAUUCGAACCGCCAACCUUUCGGUCAGCAAGUUCAGCAGCUCAGUGGUUUAACCCACUGCGCCACCAGGGUGCCAAAUAAUUAUUGGUGGACCUCAAUAUUAUUGUUGCAAAACGUGGGCUGAUCCAGACAAUGUCUUACAAGGACUUUCAGAAUGAACUCUAUGCUAUUGGUAACAAGCUGUGGCUCAAGCUCCAGAGACUACCCAAGGCAGAACCAGUUGAAAUUGUGUGCUUUUCUGUCAUUAUCUUAUUCAUUGCUGUAAUACUUUCGAUGAUGAUCAUCGCAUGCAGCUGUUGCUGUGGCCAGUGCUGCAGUGGAAGCCCUAAGAAAAAGAGCAGGAAGAUUCAGGUUCGACCAGUAGUCCAUGCAUAAGAAAUAAUUAUAGAACAUAAGAAGAACGAGUUUGCAACUAUGCUCAGUCCUGGCAGAGGAACAGCCUCAUGCAUUUGCAUGGAGAACAUGACAGACUGAAAGCACCAAGCAAAGAAAAAGGGGGAAGGAUAAGAGAUUAAACUUCAAGCGGACUAUGAUCUUAUGCAAUGGCCAUCAUGAUACUGAUGAAGUCAUGGAGUUCACAGAAUUUUUCUAUUUUUUCCCCUAUUAGAAAUAGUAGUGGUGCUAUCAAGAUACUAAAAUGAGAGUGACACACUUGGCUGUACUGGAAAAUGGGGGGGGGGGGGGGGAGCCAAUAAUGUCCUGAAGAAAUGUCCAUGGUUUAAAGCAAGUUCUACUUCUUGACAAAGGAGAGUUCCAGAGAAAUGCAGAGUACUGAACUACCCAGUGAACUCCAAACUACGUGCAAAUGUUCAGCAGAAUAAAUUACAACAUGAGCAGUGUUUCAUCUGGCUGUUCUACUGUCCACAGCCAAGAGAACUAAAUCAUAUAUCUGACCAAAUCAUUCAUUCAGGAGAAAAGAUGAUGCAGCCUUGCAGCUGACACAUGAAAUUAGGAGACUGCAAAAGAAAAACAGGAGCAAUCCUCUUUCCUCUACUAAGAAUAAUGCCAAAGAAAACAAAUAUACCUAUUUACAAUUGUCAUUGCUUAUCUAAGGAUGCAGGUGAAAGGAUACUGAAAGCUGUAAUGUUAUUUUGUUUAUGUGCCUGAUUUAAAGUGAAUAUCUUCCUCCUUCCCUUUCCUUGUAAAGAAAAGAAAUAUAGUAUGUUUUUACUACAUGCACAAAAUUAUUUUACUUGCAUGUUACAAAUCAGUUUUAGUCCAAGGAAUAGGGGAAAUGAGCUACAUUGUCCACUUGCACAUGUCAAAUUUACAAGCCAAGUGUAUUUUCUGGGGGAAAAUUGUAAGACAUAGUUUAUAUCUGUAGUUAACCAUAUUUAAGGCUGUUUGGACAAGAGGACUCCCCCCCCCCCAAAUUAAAAAACAAAGAUACCCUUUCA